CGCUUGCGGUUCGUUGGUGGUAUAAAAGCGUCCGACUCGUUGAUUUUCUUUUGAGUACGCUGUUCUGCUGCUGGAGUCUGGUGCAAGUGCAAAUUCGGUUUUUCAUUCAAAUGCGAAAAUCGUUAAGCGUACAAUAUUUGUAGUGCACCAUCAUACAGCAAUUACAAAAACAAUAACAAAAAAGCAACAAAAUCAUAUUAAAUAAUAUUUUUCGAAUGUUAUAAUUUUGCGAAAAUUGUGUAAACGUAAUAUAAUUGAUAGCUAAGCUGAUUGAUGAACUUAAAAAUUUCGUGUUUAAAAAUUUGGAAAUUCAUUGUGCUGGUUUUUGCGUUGUAAACAUCAAAAUAUUUUCGAUCGAUAAUCAACACAGAAAAAAUGAAUAAAUUGUUCAUAUUCACCUGCUUCAUAUUGGGCAGCCAAUUUCAACAGUCAUACCAACAAAGUGACUAUACAACACCAGUACCAAUAUUGAAACAAAUCGAUCGACACAACGACGACGGUUCAUAUACGUAUGGCUACGAAGCGGCAGAUAGAAGUUAUAAAAUCGAAACAAAAUAUCCUAAUGGUGAGGUAUUUGGUAAAUAUGGCUAUCAAGACGAUCAGGGCAAGUUGCGUGAGAUCGAAUAUGGUGCUAGCAAGCGUGGCUUUGAACCUGCUGGCAGCGACAUUAAUGUGCCACCUCCAACACUCACCAACCACAAUCCCUAUCCGCUAGGACCGAACGAAGUCGACGAUGGCCAGUAUCGCGAAGAUCCUGCCGUCUAUUUCAAAGAUCAAAAAUUCAAUCGUCCACCAGUGGCAGCAAGCAAAUUCAGUUUGGAUAAUUUGCAUCAGCCACAGCGCCCACAAUACAAUCCACCAGCGCCACAAUACUACAAUCCACCACCACCACCACCGCCGCAGCAACAGCAGCCGCGUUAUCAACAAUUCGGUUUUCAACAUCAACCACCUCAGUACAGACAACCACCACCACCACCACCGCCGCCGCAGCAGCAGCCCUACUACCAGCAGCCCCAAUAUCAGCAGCGCUCAUACCAGCCUCAGUCGCAGUAUCCAUAUGGCAGUUUGCCGCAACACCACCACCCUGCGCUGAAGAGUCUAGAUAUCUGGAGCGGUUCGUAUAGUAUCGAUUAUACGGGUCGACGCAAGUAGAUGCCGCCGAUGCAUGGAAUGCGCGCCGGAAUGUGGGUGGUUUGGCAUUGACCGUAAAUUUCGAGGUUUUGGCGGUUAGAGUUUGUGAAGCGGGACGAAUUGUGGCGAAUGCGGCAAAAUCGUCAACAUAAAGACUUGUACUGAUUUCGUUGAUGACACCAAUCAGUAAAUAAGAUUUAUUUCUUACUUGUAAAUACUUUUGUACUUAUGUAAUUUUAUAAUAACGCCGAUUACUUAAGGCGAACGAGUCGAAAUAUAUGUAUGUAUAUUUAUUCAUA